AUUCUUUCUGGUUUAGAUCUCGAGAAUCGUAUACGGAGGCAGGGAAUGCGAUACAGGAUGAAUAGAUAAGACAUACAACGCAUUAACGUCAGAUUUUACAUACCGGAUACCAUCCAGCGGCCAACAAUUUGCCCCUCACCUCAAUAUACCUACGGCCGUCGCUUUCGAUCAGAACCUGCUCUAUACAUAAGCAUCGGACAUGGCUGGAUCAUUCCCGAAGAAAGGCUCGACGCCAUCGAAACCAUCCUUCAGGUCCAAGCAACCGACCUCUGUGAAACGGAACAGCAGUCUCCUGAACUUUUUCCAGAAGGCGGACGGCCCGCCGCAAGCCACAUCUCGACAGUCUCGGAUCACGCAAUUCGCGACGAAAGCGGACCGACCGACGGCUAGUGCGCAUGGCAGUCCGUCAUUGCGGCGAGACGAUAGCUCGAAGAGUAACGGUAGCGGCGGGUUGUUCUUGGAUGAUCGGAAUGGGAAGAAGUCGGCCUUGAUAGACCCUAGUACGCCCCCGCGAUCCCGGUCACGGACACCUGACGAUAUAUGGGGUGAAGGUGAUGGGAACCUCGUGGCCCCGAAAGAGGAGGAGGGGGACAGGUAUAACGAGAAUGGGUCUGCGGUUAAGAAGCGUAAGGUCGAGUCAGAGUCUGACUCUCCUCGGACGGAUCAGGUGAAGGAUGAGGCCUCUGCGGCAACGCCUGCUCCGGCCAAAUCUCGACAGGUUAGCGGGCCGUUUAUCGAUGAGUCUGACAGUGAGGAGGAUUUGGGAGCGUUUGGUGAUUUCGGUGACGAACCAGCCGUGUUGACAAAGACCGAAGCCGUGAAGGACGCGACGGGCGCUGAUAAUGACCGGAAAGAUGAUGAUCGAACUUCCGAUGUCGCCGUACCAUCAUUGGUAAGAGAAGCCACGAGCCAUUUCGAAGAUAAUGAACUUGCGAAUUUUGACGAUCUAGAAGAAAACGAGUUCGGAGGGGAAGAAGGACUCUUAGACCAGGAAAACGACGACGCAGAAGGAUCCGAAGGGACGGUAUUUUGUUUCGACGACUCGAACGAUUCGCCAGCUCUAGAGGAGUGCGAUGUGGAUCCUGGCGGUGGUGUAGCAGUAUGCCCAAUAUGCCAGAUUGAGUUGGUAGGCUUGAGUGACGUUGACGUGUCGGUGCAUGUCAAUGAUUGCCUUGAUGGGAAGCCUGCCACUGUCUUGCCGAAACCGAAGCCCGACACACCGGCGAAGGCACGGACGCGCGCAGAACUCGCUUCGAUUGCAAGGCCACCGCAAAAUGAUCCAUACUCCUCCGUCACAUCUAAGACAUCAUCCGCUUUCUCGAAGCUAAUGGCAGGUAACGCAGAAGAUACAGCAUGGACAGCGGCGGCGGCCAGCGAGGUCAAAUCUAGGGGCAAGCAGGCAUACCAACGAACUUGUCCAUUCUACAAGAUUAUUCCGGGAUUCUCGAUUUGUGUGGAUGCUUUUCGUUAUGGAGCAGUCGAAGGAUGCAAUGCCUACUUUCUGAGCCAUUACCACAGUGACCAUUACAUAGGCCUCUCGGCCUCUUGGCGCCAUGGGCCCAUCUACUGCAGCAAAGCUACUGGCAACCUAAUCCGCCAACAACUCAAGGUGGACCCGCGAUGGGUGGUGGAUUUGGAAUUCGAGAAGACUACAGAGGUCCCCAAUACUGGCGUUCAAGUGACUUUGAUUGAGGCCAAUCACUGCCCCGGAAGCGCCAUUUUUCUGUUUGAGAAGGCCAUGGGGUCCGGUCCGUCCAAGAGGAUUCAACGGGUUCUGCAUUGUGGUGAUUUCCGAGCAUCUCCCACCCAUGUGCAGCACGCCCUUCUUCGCCCCGAGGUAAUUGACUCCAUCACGGGCCAGAAACGGCAGCAAAGGAUUGACGUCUGCUACUUGGAUACUACUUAUCUCAGUCCUAAGUACUCCUUUCCUAGUCAAAUCGAUGUCAUCGAAGCCUGCGCGGAACUCUGUGUGAGCCUUGACCGAGGUGAGGACGAUGGUCCUGCGCCGUGGCAGUCACAAAAAGCAAGUAAAGGAGGCGGGAGUAUCAUGAGUAAGUUUUUCAACUCUGUGACGGGGUCAGACAAGUCACAGGAGCGAUCGUCUCGUCCGGAGGGGCGAUUGUUGGUCGUCAUUGGCACAUAUAGUAUCGGUAAAGAGCGUGUAUGUCUAGCAAUUGCCCGAGCCCUGCAGAGUAAGAUUUAUGCUACUGCGGGCAAGCAACGAGUGUGCGCUUGUUUGGAGGAUGCCGAGCUUUCUUCGUUGUUAACGGACGACCCCGUGGAGGCCCAGGUUCAUAUGCAGACGCUGUUCGAGAUCCGCGCUGAGACGCUGGCCGACUACCUGGAUUCGAUGAAGCCGCACUUCACUCGUGUGGUGGGCUUCCGUCCGACAGGAUGGACAUACCGUCCACCCACAGAGCGGAUGUUGGACAACCCACCCGUCUCGACGGUGCUACAUUCUGCUCAUUGGAAGACGCCCUUCACAGCGCGCGACCUAGUGCCCCAGCGCGGAAGUACGCGUGAAAGUGCCUGCUUUGGGGUGCCGUAUAGCGAACAUAGCUCGUUUCGGGAGCUGACGAUGUUCUGUUGUGCGCUCCGGAUCGGACGGGUGAUCCCUACGGUAAACGUCGGUAGCCGGAAAAGUCGGGAACGAAUGAAGGCAUGGGUUGAGCGAUGGGAGGCGGAGAAGAGGAAGAGUGGAUUGUAUCGGGUGGAAGGGGACCGGUGGUAGAGCGGGCUAUCUAUGAAGAAGUAGACUUGCACAUAUUCAUACACCGGCAGUAUCCUGUGUGGAGGGCUGGUUGGACUGGAUACACCGCAUAUGUAAGCACACAUCAUGGACCAGCUAAAUUUUGACCAACCAUGGAGGGAGUCUUGCAUUAUGGCUCUUCGUCUCUGCACAUAAUUAUUUGGGACAACGUGACGUCUCAUAGAAUUUAAUCUAUGCCUACCGACAUGACAUUGGUCAUAUCUCUACUUUAGGUUACCUCCAAAUGUUGCUGAAAUAUGGUCGAAUAUGAUUUGGGGUCUGACCAGACAUCAAAGCGUAAAAAAAGUAAAUAAGUCAAUAC